AAUCUUUCAUCACACCCUGUCCGUCCAACUAUCCAUCUACCAACCUACCUUACUCGCAUUCUCAUCACGACCAAUACUUUCAACCACCACUAUAUCUCCUGACACUUAAUCGCACGAUACCCCUUUGUUUCAGUACACCCUCUUCACAUACCAAAACAAUGUUCCGCCGCCUCGCCACAGUCGCUCCCCGCUCUGCGGGCGUUCUCUCGCCUCGCAUCAUCGCCCCGGCCGUCGCCGGCGUGCAAACCCAGACCCCGAGCCUGCGGGCUCCCACUUCCUCUCCGCUCCAGCCCCAGCAGCGCAGAGGAUAUCACGAGAAGGUCCUCGACCACUACUCCAACCCCCGCAACGUCGGAUCGAUGGCCAAGAGCGUCGACGUCGGCACGGGUCUCGUCGGUGCCCCGGCCUGUGGUGACGUGAUGAAGCUUCAGAUCCGCGUCGACAAGGACACCAACGUGAUCAGCGACGUCAAGUUCAAGACCUUCGGCUGCGGUAGUGCCAUCGCCAGCUCCAGCUACCUGACCGAGUUGGUGCGCGGCAUGACUCUCGACGAGGCCGCCAAGAUCCGCAACACUGACAUCGCCAAGGAGCUGUGCUUGCCCCCUGUGAAGUUGCACUGCUCCAUGCUUGCCGAGGAUGCCAUCAAGUCCGCCAUCUCCGACUACUACACCAAGAACCCCAAGGCCGUGAAGACCAACCUGGCGGGCACUGGUGCUUCGAUCCCGGACCUUCACGCUCAGCCCGAGAAGGCUGCCCCUGUCGCUUAAACAGAAUAAUGAAAAAAAAGGACCAAAAAAAAAAUUUGAACAGAAUUCCACAAAAUGAAAAACAGAAGAUAUUUCAAUUUGAAAGGCGAUACCACGAUACGAAAUUUCUUCUUUCUUGCAUCGUUUUUCGAAAUCAUUGGAGUGGAGGCAGAGCAAUAAAUGAUGAGGUCUAUUCUAUUCGCCAAGCUAGUGGGUCUCUCUCUCUAAUUGAAAAAGAGUGAGAGAGCCACGAAAAGCAACAGCUAUGGGAUAAGAAUGUUCUCAUUUGUUUUUUUCCUAUUCUCAUUGUGGAUUUGGGACGGAGUUGUCUGUUUCUUUACUUCACUACUGUACAGCAUUCUUUUCCAUUUUUCUUUUCGCCGCGAACUUUCUACUCCCAGCUAAACAAGGCAAGACAAGGCAGGCCGUUGUGAUUGAUUGACUCAUUGAAUACAUUAUAUAGCACAUUUUACCCAAUCACAAUCUUUCAAC